AUGCACAGGUUGGUGGUGCCCAACAAAUCUUCAAUCCACCGAUUCACAACCCUAGCGCUCUAUCGCGCGCUUCUCCGACAAUGCGCCAAAUUACCCGAAAACCUACCGGAGCGCAAUGCAUCCAAGCAGCACAUACAACUGCGGUUCCACAGAUACAAGACCCUCGAAAGUCCGUCCAGGGUAACACAUGCCCUGAAAGCGGGAUAUGAUGCACUCGACCUGCUCCAUGCCGUAUCACAAAACAAACGCACCGAAACCGAGCGUCUCAAGUCCCUCCUAUCCCAGACCACCGAAGCACACGAGCGCCGGUCCGCGAUGCAAAGAGAGCUGAGGCGGCUGAAGCCGGUCAAACCCAUGAGCGCCAUGGAGCUGAAGAAGGAGGCCAACAGGGAGGCCGCGAGGAGGACCAUGUCGCGACACCCCGAUGCCGUACCGGUCCUGUCGCGUCCACGGCCGACCGUCAACGGGAUACGUCGCAUUCCGAAACUCGUGAAUGCGCGCGGCGUCCCCUUCCUGCGGAUCAUGAAACCCCAACCCGCCAUCCUCGGGCACAUUAUCCGGGGCAAGCUUCGCAAACGAGGCAGGACAUUUCUCGUGCGCAAGAAGUUACAGGAAGAGAGGAUCUGGGCCCAGGAUGAGGACGAGUGGGAUCGAUUGACCGGCCAACAAGAACGCGAGCCAACGGCCAGGUGGCGUCAUCCCGUUGAAGUAUGCAUUAUGGAACUCAAACGACGAGUCUCUGAGAUGGAACGCAAGGAUCAAGAGCUUGCGACAGCCAUGUGGAAGGUCGUCCUCGCGGAGCGUGCGUUGGCCGCCAAAGAGGCCGAGGAACGGGCCGCCAAGAUGGCGGCUGCGCCAAAAGAGACUACAGAAGGGGGAGAAAAAGAGCAGGACUUGAAGUAA